AUGGCCCUUGGCAAGGCGGCUGCGAGUUGGCGCUCCUGGAUCACGGGCGAUACCACUUUGGUGAAGGUGCAAGCGUUCACGGCAAACAGCGGGUAUCCAUGUGAGAAGACGCAUAACAUGUUUCCGGUGAUGGUGCGGGUCACGGCACUGGACGAGGUGGGAGGCUCCAAGCCGCAGCGGCACGUUGGUGUUGAUAUCGUGGCUGUACUAGACAUCAGCGGGAGCAUGUUCGGGGACAAGCUGGAGCAGAUGAAGCAGGCCAUGACAAACGUCAUUGACAAGCUCGGCAACGACGACCGGCUCUCCAUCGUAUCCUUUGAGUCCAAUGUGUACCGCCUCAUGGAGCUCACAUACAUGUCUGAGCAAGGCCGGAGAGCCGCUCGGGACAAGAUCAAUGAGCUCUUCACCAAAGGUGGCACCAACAUGGGCCCGGCUCUGCACGAGGGAGCUCAGGUUUUGCGGGGGCGCCAAACUCAGGAGAUGAGCAGCCGUGUAGGUUGCAUCGUGUUCCUGUCGGAUGGUUUGGACGAUGGUAUCUUCAAGGAAACUAUUAGCCCUGAUUUCCCAGUGCACACCUUUGGCUUGGGCGACGACCACGACCCUCAUGCCUUGAAGUACAUCGCCGACCAGACCUCGGGCACCUACUCCUUCGUCAACAAGGACCCCAAGAAGAUUAACUACGCCUUCCAGCUAUUCAUUGCUGGCAUCACGUCCGUCGCCGCCACGUCCGUCGAGAUCACCCUCGGGACUCCUUAUGGUGUCCUCAUAUCGUCCAUCGCGUCUGGAGGCUACCCCAACAAAACUGGCGCCGACGGGCGGUCUGGCACCGUGCACAUCAACAACAUGUACGCCGGUGACAAGAAGAACUUCAUCGUCUACCUGGUGCUGCCAGCCACAAAGGAGGGCAAGCAAACGGUCCUGACCAUUGGUGGCCAGUACCAUGGCCUCAGUGCCGUGAGCAAGCAGCUGGCCGACAUUGACGUGUCUGUCAUGCGACCACUUGAUAAAUACUCCAGCAAACUAUCCGAGGACCAUGAUGUGGCACAAGAGCUCGCACGGGUGAAACGGCUGAAUGAAAUCCGCUCAGCUUAUGAGGCAGAAGAGCUCGCACGGAUCAAUCAGCUCAAGGCCAAUGGUUCACUUUCUCCUCAACAGCAACAAGCCUAUCUUGCUAGUCUUGCUAGCAGGAUGAAAACAUUAUUGGACACUUUCCAAAAUGUGCCAGCCUUCAAGGAGGAUUAUCAGAAGAUGGUGCCGGCAGACAUCCGCAACACCGAACAGUACAAGAAAUCAGGGCUCCCUUACAUGUUGUCAUGGCUAUCUUCGAACAAUUGGCAGCGUGCAACCACCAUGGACGAUCUCUUCAAUGCUCAUUUCCUGACCCCGGGCCAAAAAGAUGUCCAGGACGCCAGCAAGGCUGCCGAUGCCUCUGCAGCCGCUGCCGCUGCUAAUCCUGCUGCUUCUCCUUCUCCUACUACUAGAUGGGGAAAGAUCAUCGCAAGGGCAAAGAGCAACCCCUGCUCUUGCUUGCUACCGAGUGUUGCUGUGGCACUUGCACUGGCCUCGCUCUUUCUAGCGAUGCUCUACUCUGCAGUCGAGGGAAGCUCCAAGCCGGCGAUGAACUUAGGCCCGCUGCAGUAUCCCAUUCUCACAGACAGCAACUAUGCUGCAUGGGCCAUCAAGAUGGAGGCAUACAUGCGUGCUCAAGGAGUUUGGGACGCGGUGGUAGCCAAAGAUCAUCCCAAAGUUUCUGCGAGAAACAACCAAAUGGCAUUAGCCGCCAUUUACCAAGCUAUCCCGGAGGGGACGUUGUUCCUCCUAUCCCAAAAGAAUACAGCCAAGUCGGCGUGGGAGGCGCUCAAGACCAUGCACAUCGGAGACCAGCGCCUGAGGGAUGCCAAGCUGCAAACCCUCAAGCUGGAGUUUGAGGGGUUGCGCAUGAAGGAGACGGAGUCCACCGACGACUUCGCCGUCCGGCUGACGACGGUCGUCAACAAGAUCCACGCACUCGGUGAACGCAUCGAGGAGCCAUACACCGUCAAGAAGUUCCUCCGCGCCGUCCCCAACAAGUACCUCCAGAUUGCUUCAACCAUCGAGCAGUUUGGCGACCUCAACACCAUGACACUCCAGGAGGUUAUUGGGCGGCUCAAGGUGCAUGAGGAGCGCCUAGGACGACUCGGCGCUGCCGAGAAGGAGAAUGAGUUGUUGACACGCGCUGAGUGGAUAGCAAGGGAAGAGGCCGACCAUCUCAGCCGUGAUGCAACCAAGGUAUAUGCUUCAGUUGCCAAGAUCCUCCUUCGUGAUGCCGAGAAGGAGAAUGAGUUGUUGACGCAUGCUGAGUGGAAAGCGAGGGAAGUGGUUGAUCAGCUCAACCAUGAUGCACCCAAGGUAUAUGCUUCAGUUGCCAAGAUACUCCUCGGCAGGAGCGGGGGAGGCUAUGGCGGUGACACACACCGGGUAAGCGCUUCCAUUGCUAAGAUUUUGGACACUUUGUUUACAAGUGCCGCGAGGAAGGAAAGGGAGGUGAAAUCCCUAAUCGCCGAAGCUCAUGGUGACAAUGAAGCAACUCUUCGCCUCUGA